AAUGGGAAUUAUCUCUCCUGUAGCUAUGACGAGUAGGUGCUCCUAUGGGUUGAGAGAAACAUGUGCCAGCCUCUAAGUCAGAGUGCCCUGGGUGGAGGAGUGUGGAGACUGAAGUGGCAUCCUACSCAUGAGCACCUGCUGUUGGCUGCUUGCAUGCACAUCGACUUCCACGUCCUUCACUGCCAGCAAGCCCUGGAGGGCAGUGGAGGAGCGUGUUCUGUCCUAGCCUACAUCCUUCACAACUCUCUGYCCUACGGGGUGGACUUGGCCAACCUUUCCCUGGAGGAGCCUGCUCCCCUGUGGAGAGGUUUUGGACUUGUUGGUAAAGCCCAUGAAAUCAGGAGUCAGAAGAAUUGAUGUGAUAUCUCACCAUAGAGGAUUGUUUAAGCCAACUACUACCAGAGGUCGACCGAAUAAUCAGCAUGGCCGAUUAAUUAGGGCCGAUUUCAAGUUUUCAUAAUAAUCAGUAAUCUGCCUUUUUGGAUGCCGAU